AUGUCAGCUUUUAAAUAAAUGACUAUUCAAAAAUAAAAUUCGUAGAAACCUUUAGAGUCAGCAAAAUAAAGAAAUUAAGAAAUAAAAGAGUGCGUAUAUAAUUCUUAAGAAAUCCUAAAUAAUUAACAAUCUGAUUGUUAGUAGAUUCAGCUUAAAUGUAGAGUUCAUACCAUGAAGUUAAUAAAAUAUGUUUGCCUUGAUUAAAAUUGCGAUCAUUAAAGAUUUAUGUGCCCAGAAUGUGAAAACACAGAUCAUUUUGUGCGCCAUCGUAAUAAAUGCAUUUUGAUAUCUGAGUUAAGUGAUAAGGCAGAUACAAAACUCAGCAUGCAAAAUUGGCCUUAAGAUUCUUACCUACGUAUUUUUUAAGAUUACCUCAAAGGAUAAAAUAAUGAGUAUGAAAAUGUUAUAGUAGAAAUGUGUAACAGAUUGCUUAAAUUUAUGAAAGAUAAAAUUGAAGAAUUAGCCUAGGUAAUGGUAAAUUUAUGCGAUGAACAAUAAAAAAGAAAUCAAGAAAAAAAUCGUAAAUUAUUGUAUAGCUUUGUAGAUGAAUGCAAUAAUUUAGACUCGAUUCGUGAAAUAGUAUAUCAAGUGAAUACUGAAUAGAAUGAAAAUAACUUUAAAUAUUUGUAAAUAUCAGCUGAGAAGUAAAUAACAUAAAUUGUUAAUCAAAUUUUAAUCCACCACACACAAUAUAAAUAGUAAUUAAAUUAGUAGUUUGGUUUCGGAUAUUUCGAAAGCAAGAACGCAAAUAAAUCUCUUUUAGAUUUCAAUCUAAUUUAAUAAGAAUUUGACUAAGUUAAAGAGUAUGUUGAGUAAAUGAGUAUUUUUAUUGAAAAAAAUGCAACAAAUAGCAAACAGAUAGUUUCCCCACGCUCUUCUAUACAAAACUUAAAUGGAUCUUCUGAUAUUUCUAAUCUAAGUACAGAUAAUGAUUCUAUUUCAUCAGUUCCAAGUGCAAACCCAUACAGUUUUUCUCUUUCUACCAUUGAAAGUGAAUUAGAUAAAAUCAGUUUCCGCUUAGAUGAUAAAUCAGCGACUGUAAAAAAGGUUAACAGACCAACCUUCUUUUUUAGUAACAUAAUACCUUAACAGUCAUACUUUUAAUUAAGAAUUACUGGAUUAUUAAAUUGCGGUACAUACAUAGGUCUGGUAGAUGAAGGUUAGAAGAAUGUAAAAGUCAACCCAUAGAUAUAAUAAAAUCACUUUGUUGGAAUUUGUCUUGCUUGCUAAGGUGAGCACUAUGGAAAUUGUAAAACAAAUGGUACAGGCUUCAAUUUUAAUGCUAAAGACGAAGAAGAAGAUAUAAAUUAUUACUAUUAAGAUGAAAAUUAGUUAUAAAAGGAUAACGAACCUUAAGUGAAAACAAUAAUUUUAAACAUAUUUAUAAACCUAACCAAAAAGGUCAUUUCUUUUUCUGAUAUUUCAAAUGAAUAGUACUUAAAAUUUGACUUAGACAAUAAAAACUAUUUUUAUAAUAGGGAUAUUCGUUUAUUUGUUUAAACUCAAGAAUAGAUAAAAUUUGAAGUACUUUAAUAUAACUAAGCAUGA